AUUCCAUGGCCUAUGCCUGCAAUAUUGAUUUUAAUUUUCUUGAUUCAUCUGUAAUACUAAGUUAGUACUACUGACAUAAGCAUAAUUUUAAGGGACCAUUUUUAUAUCCAUCUUCAUUUUCAACUGUAGGCUGUAGUGCUGUAGACUGUAGACUGUAGUCGUCAAUGUUGUUAUAAUUUGAAUAUGAUUAUUUAGAAUAUGAGUUAAUAAAGUUAAGUUAUAAACUAUAAUGUAAAUUGGUAAAAUUGUCAGCCCCACUAUCUCGUCAUGCCUAUUUGUUCCAAAUGGCAAGACUUAUUCAAGACCAAGACGACUGGUAAUAGUAAUAGACCAGGAUGUUGUUGAUGAGCAGGAGUGUUCUUGUGUCUCACCGUGUGCUCUUUAUGCUUUUACGUAAAAUAGUCUAAUAGUUAAUAGUAUAUAUAUAAAUAAGUAUAGCAUAUAAAGUAUAAAUAUUAAUAGUUAUAACAAGUUAACUUAUAGUUAAAGUAAAGUUACACGACUUUAGUAAAGUUUGGUAUGGUCCAUUGUAUAAUUCUAGAAGUAUUCAGGAGGGGUGUCAUUUCAGGUUUUUUCAGACGGGGUGGGGGGGGGGGGCCCAAAACCAAAAUUUGGUGGCUUGUCAAGUUGUUUAUUACUGGAGGUGGCACAUAUACAGUUAUAUUAAUUUAAAUAAAGUUUAUAAAGCCUGCAAAUUCAAGUGGGGGGUGGGGGAAUACCCUACCUAAAUGAGUCCCUGGAAGUAUUAGUAAGUAAGUUCCGUAAAGUAAAUUACAUACACAAUUGACAUUUCAUUAAUGUCAUAUUUAAGACUUAUGAUAUUUGAUGAGUUACUUCUGUUCUAUAAUUCAUGACUUUUAUUAAAUACUGUAAUUAUGCUAUAAAAACUUAAUUAAUUUGUCAUAAAUUAGUCUAAUUCUUGAUGAGGCCUAAUCAUCUCAUGCAGUAAUUGAUUCAAUUAAAUAAGAUUUGUCAAUUGUUUUAAAGUUAUAUUCAAUAGUUAACCCUUCUGGUACCGACCUACUUUUUGCUAUGUAUAGCCUCAGUACUGGUUAUUAUUUUGCUAAUAAUUCCCUGUGGCCCAGACAUUAUUUUGGAAUGAGCCAAAAUUUGAUAGGUUUGCAAAUUAUUUUGUAAUUUUUUUGUUUUAAACAAUUGAUGAUAACAUGUAGAGAAUUAUGUGUUCAGCAAUGAAUAAGGGUUUUAAAAAUACUAUAUGUUUUGUUCAAACUUUUCAUUGGCAAUGUCACACUAGGUUAUUGUGUGGCUAGCACAGUGUCCAGUCAAUCUUAAUAAAUCGAUAUCUAGUCUAAAACCUGUCAAACCUACAGGCUCCCGUAGGCAUCAAUUUUUAGCCAUAGUAGGCUUAUUUCAUUAAACAAUUUCCUCUCCCUCAUCAGCAUCAGAAUCAUCUAAUCCCAAUUAAAGCUCACUAAUAGUUUCAGAACAAAAGGUUUCAUCAAAUAGGCGUAAGUCGUCAUCAACAAUAGCGCUAGGUAGCGCCAGGCGCUAGGUAGCGCCAGGGAAACAACAAAUACAGAUCAGCACAAAAAAUCCAGUAAUUGGUUGAUUUUCAUAAUUUAAAAACAAAAUAAAAUUCAACUUUUCCCCUAAUGAAUGAACAUUUUUUCAGAGACUGCGGUGAAAGGUUAUAUCCUUGUUUCUGUAUUGAUAUUUGAUACCCCUCUAUGUGGCAAAUAGACGCGCUUGGGCCACAGGGAAAACAACCCGCUGGUGAAAAGAUUCGCGCUUUGGUCACAAUGAAAAAAUAGGUCUCUGCAAAAAGACGCGCCUGGUACUGUAAGGGUAAAGCCAUUGUUGCACUAAGGAGCCAUCCAUAAAUGACAUUGUGCUAUUUUAUUCAAUUUUUUUUUUACCCCACUCCGCUACCAUCACAAAAUUUACCUGAAUUCAUUCAAACACAUGGUCACAAAUUUUAAACCUCCCCCCCUUAAAAAUUAUCUUGUUAACAUAGACUUAGACAGUUGAUUAUUAAUGAAUAACUUGCCUUUUAAUUUAGACUUUAAAAAGUUACUGUCUUAAUAAACACAAAAUCAUUUCUUAGACCCAAUUUGCAUGGUGGGAACCAUAUCACGAUCCACUAGAGUUCUAGUAGGACAUGACCAAAUCCCCUGUUAAACGUAAUAUUUAAUAUGUAACAUACUAUAAACUUUUAUUAUAAACUGGGAAUGAGUGAAUAUCUCCAUUACAUUCAGCUGUGCUGAAACUUAAGAAGCGAAUGAUUGCAUGUUGGGCACAUGCACCACCUUCCUUUAAUUAAGUCAUUGGAUUUGGCUGAUAUUUUGACAAUACCAUGAUUUUGCUCAAUUAGCUCUUUAUGGCAACAUUUAUAAACUGUUGGCCUACUAUAUGUGGAUAAAAAUCUGGUGUUGCUGAUUUGAAAAGUAACAUAGCUAUGUUUUUAAAAGUUGAACCUUUUCUGCAUUAAAAUAACACGUGUAUGUAAUGAAGCUAUUAUAUUUUUAUUAACUGUCAAAUAAACCAUGCUUCUAGUUAGCUUUAAGUGUAUUUAGAGUUUUGGGUCUUGUUUUUUUUUCUUAGACCAUGUCGGGACCGGUCUCAGAUAUGAGUAAAUUUAGAGAGGUCUUCAGCAAGGCUAACCAUAUUGUAAUCUUGACUGGAGCUGGAGUGAGCGCAGAGAGUGGUGUGCCAACUUUCAGAGGUGAUGAGGGAUUCUGGAGGAAAUGGAAGAUUGAAGUACAUAUUACACUAAUCCAUGUCUUGCAUCACUCUUUUUUACAGCCUGAUGUUCUAGGUUUUACUUAUCCUUAGUUUACCCUUAUUUUAAUGCAGUUAUUUGAUAUUUUAGUUUAGUUGACUGUGGGAAUUGUUGUUAUAUUUAUUGGAUGUUCUUUGCAAUGUUUCUGUAUUCUUUAUUAUUUCUUCAUAAGGCAUAAAAAAAGUCAAUGACAAAAUCCAUCAUAUCUUUAAAAUGUGAUUCAUUUUACUAUUAGUUUUAAUAAAAACAACUAAUUGUUAAUAAAAAUAAAUUAAAUUUUUUUUUUAUCACAAAAGUCAUAAUGUUUGUUAUUACUUUAUAUAUUACUGACAUUUGAUCUAAACUAUUUGUAAUCAGUAAACUCAUCAUGUCUUAUGAUAUUAUACUAAACUCUCUAAACCUGAAUUUAACCAAAACCAAUGUUUUACUAAGCAAAUAUUCCUAUCAAUGGAAUAAUAUAUUUAUUUUAUAAAUAAAAAUAACUUUAUUUAUUAAUAAUCCUUAUUUAAUGGUCCAUAAUCUUUAGGACUUUGCCACUCCAGAUGCAUUUAUAUCCAAUCCUUCUUUGGUUUGGGAGUUUUACAAUCACGGAAGAGAUGUAAUGGCUAGCAAAAUUCCGAACCCUGUAAGUUGUUUAACUUUUUCUAAAAGUAAUGGACACAUUUAUUUUUCAAGUUUUAUGCCUAAAAUUCAAUAGUAAAUUUGAAAUUACUGCAUUGAUAAUUUAAGGCAUUAAAUUUUAUUGUAUAAUGUGUUCAUAUCUCACAUGCAAAUUUUUAAAUAGUUAUAUUUUAUUUGAAUGAAAAUGUGGAGUCAAUGCAAUUUUAUGUAAAUUAAAUUUAGAAAAUAAAAGAAAUUAUGCAUCCAUCUUAACUGUGUUCUCUUUAAUUGGCAAUGAUUUAAAAAUCUGGUCCACUUGAAUAAUCCCAUUUAUCACUAGAAAACGUCUCUUUAUCCCAGGCACACAUUGCCAUUGCCCAGUGUGAAAAGAGACUUAAGGGACAGGGGAGAAAAGUGGUGGUCAUUACACAAAACAUUGAUGAGCUGCACCAAGCUGCUGGGUCAGAGGAUAUCUUAGAACUCCAUGGUAAUGGGGCAAUCCAAAACUAAUGCAUGUAUCAUGUAGACAUUUAAAUACCUGAUAAAUAAUUUUAUGAACUCCCUAAAAACUAAUAAAAGUGCAAAUAAAUAAGGAGGUUUGUCUUCAAAAAUAAAAAUAUAUUUUCGCUCUGUAACCUAGUUUAAUAGCAAAUCCAUAGGCAGAAAUAAGUAAAAAGGUAAUAAUCAAACAUAUGCAGUAAAUUUUAACGCCCAGUUGGAAAAAUUAACAUCUAUUUUAUCUUAGGAAAUAUAUUCACAACUUGUUGUACAAAAUGUGGUGAUGUACGAAAAAACAAAGACAGUCCAAUCUGUCCAGCAUUAGCUGGAAAAGGGUAGGUUGAUUUUGUAGCAUAAAGUUAAGAUACAUUUUGUUUACUUCCAGUAUCUUUAUAGUAUUGGGGUAUUGUGUCAACUGUAACGGCUGAUAUUUCAUGAAUUUAUUAAAGCUUCCUUACAAAUUGAAGAUGAAGUAAUUUUUUUUACUUUCAACCAUUGCAGUUAUUUUUAAACUGUUAAACAUUGGAGUUUAAUUUAAAAGUAUUAUCUAUCCCCUGUAGCUUAGAAGAAAUAAAAUUAUUUUUUGGUGUGAUAAAACUUCCUCUCUUUCCUGCAGUGAACCUAAUCCAGAUGCCCAAGACGCCAAAAUACCAGUGGAUCAGCUUCCUACUUGCAAGAAAGGAAAUUGCAGAGGGCUGUUGAGACCACAUGUUGUUUGGUUUGGUGAAGGCCUUGAUCCUAAAGUAAUUAGACGAGCUGUACAUGAGUUGUCUCUGUGUGACCUAUGUAUUGUGGUGAGUUCCUUUGUAAAUACUUCUCAUGAUCAAUUACAGAACAUAUUCUUCCUAUUGAAGGCCUCUCCUAAUUAUAAGUGGCGCUAUUUUUAUAUGAAAAAAAGUUUGAACUUCCUUUGCAGUAUCCUGAUUUAGAGGAAAAGAGCGUGGCCUACUCUCGGAACAUGUUAAUAUUUAAAAUAUAUCAUUGGGGCUACUGAUGAGGUCAACACUAUAUUUUUUUGUAAUUUAAAACAACAUAACUUCAUAUUUAUAAAACUAAUUGCCAAAUCACCUCGAUUUUAGAGUAGAUGGGAAAAUAAAAUUAAAUUAGCUUGUCAACAUAAAAUAUGUAAUAUCACAUAUAUUGAAAUAUUAAUUAGUUGGCAGUCAUGUGAAAUCAUUUGGUAAAGAAAUUUCACACCUUUUAAAAUAUCAGAAUAGUAUUUAUACAUCCAACUCAUAAGUAUUAAUUUUGAAAAUUAUUCUCACAUACCUCCAGAAAUCAAUGAUAGACCUUUAUACCUACUGUUAAAAUGUUAAAACAUUUUAUUACACAUUUCCAUCUAGAAAUGAUUCAUUAUUUUCCUUACAACUUCAAAUUGAUUACAAAUUACAAUUUCAAAUUGAUAUAUAACAUCAUGAACUUUGGACAUGGAUUCUAAAAGUGAUUGAAUUUUUCGUAAGGUCACUAGACAACUAGAAAUGGUACGUUACCGGAAAUUUGAUCAAAAGAAAUUUCGUCGACGGUAAAUUGAUCGAACGGAAAUUUGUUCUAAUCUUUUUUUUCAGUUCACACGUUAAAAUUUUCGUCAAAUUUCUUUUUGAAUGCACUUAUAAUAAAAAAAAAAAAUGCGUUCAAAAAGAAAUAUGAAGCAAAACUGAAAAAAAAAUUCUACCGAAUUUCUGUUCGAUCAAAUUACCGUGGAUCAAUUUACAGUCUACGAAAUUUCUUUCAAUCAAAUUUCCGGAUAUGCUAGAAAUGUCAUUUUUUUAAAAAAUGAAAAAUUCAAGAAGUGUGAAGAGUCAAACAAUUUCACUGUGAAACCAUUAACAGACCUGUUAACCGUAAAACUCUUAAAAUCUUACAAUAUCAUCACAAAAUCGUUCAAUGCAUUAUCUUAAUAGUAAAAAAAAUUAACAUACAGCAUACAUAAUAUAUACACCUCAAAAUCGUACAUUGUAUGCCAAAAUCAUAAGAGUAAACAGGUCUGCAUUUAAUUUUGUAAUAUAUAUUACCCGUCAGUGUUUAGUUAUAAACUUCUUCUUCUUCUUAACUUCUUAUAUUUGAGGGGCCCACAAUCAAUUUGUUGAACUUAAAUAUGUAUGUAAACAAACAUAUAUACAGUACAAUAUAUAACAGGUUGGGACAUCAUCUGUAGUUUACCCUGCUGCUAUGUUUGCUCCUCAAGUUGCUGCCAGGGGGGUGCCAGUUGCAGAAUUCAACAUUGAAGAAACAUCAGCUACAAACUCAUUUGGGUGAGAUCAUACUUAUAGCAAUAUUUAACACUUGACCAAAUAAUGUCACACAAAAUUUUAAAGUAAAGCAUAAGGUGUGUGUGAUAUUUCUUACUUUUAAACAAAUGUUGAUUUUUAAAAAAAAAUGUUUGGUAUGUAUAUAGAAUUGCGCUCAAUAUUGCAGUGUUGGAUACAAGGAAUUAUUGGGAUUGAAGAAUUAUUUUUGUGUCACACAGAUUUAUAUUCAAAGGCCCCGCAGGACAGAAUCUACCCACAGCAUUGGCUCCACAUGAGAAUGAAGAGAAAUAAUGUGCUAUUGUAUAAUGGGAGCUUUUGUUGAGAAUUGCCAAGAAAAGGACAAGCCAUCUAAUUUAUAUAAUUCAUUCAUUUUUUACUCAGAAAUAAAGAUAGAUAAGUAUUAAUUUAAAAUCUGGAUUGAUUUUAUAGUAAAUUUAAAUUGCUUUUAUUUUUAUUUUCUAAAUGAUAUUUGAGACUGAACUUGGAGAAAUAAAUAAGAAAUUACAAAUUCAGUAAUUUGUCUAGCAAGCAAUAUUUUAGUUAGCCUGUAUGAACUUUUUAUUGUUAUGUAGACCUAUACAUGAAUCAAUUUAAAAGUUUUCUCCCACAUUUUGACUAGCAAAAGCUUCAAAAUAAUGCUGACCACAGUAUCAAUUGACCUAGUGGUUUCAAACUAAUGUAAAGGAUCUCACAAAUUAAUCAUAUGCCUAAAAUUCAAAUUAACAUUAGCGAUUCUAGAUUGAUCUUGAGGUUUGGGAUAGGGACAAACACUGCCACAAUGGGCCUCUAGCAACAAUGCAUAAAAAAAGAAAAAAAGUAACACAUUCACCCUUUUAUUAAUAUAUUAUUUUAUUAUUAUUUAAUCUAGUCACAAUAGAUUAGUAACCAGACUAAAUGACCUGCAUGAUAAUUUGUAAAUCAAUUCUUUUUUCUCACACUAAGAAGUAGAAGCUUGAUUAAAUAUUGACUUGAUCACCAUAAUUACAAGUUGAGAAACCAUUUUUAACAAAAAUUUUCGAGUGGCAAUCAAAACCACAAUAUUCACAUUGUGGUAGUGACAUCACUAAAUUCUAACUAAAUAAGCUGAUACUCUUAGUCUAAUGGUUAUAUGAAUUUUGUGGCAUUGAUUUAUACUCAUCUAAUUUCCAGAUCAGUUCCACUUAAAAUCCAAAAUCAAGUUUUCUUUAGUCGACUUUGAUUUCAAGAGCAGUAACUUAAAUCAUAUUUGGUUAUUUAAUGCUAUGUAGUAGCAUUUUAGUAGCUUCUCUGGGUUAUUGAUUUUAAAUUUUGAUAUAAAUAUAAAUUUAUAAAAAAUAUGUUAAUUGAAAUGUUUAAUUUUAGACAUAUAGGAAUUAUUGAAAUACUUAAAAGCACACACUGUAAAUGAAACAUCUUUCCUCUUCAAUGUUGUGUUUUUUAAAUAAUAAAUUGUUUUGUCAACUACUGAUAAUACAAAAGUCUUAAAUAAUUGUGUCAG